AGGAAGGAAAUUAAACGGGGGAAGUGAAGCAAUAGGGAGCUACUUCCUCGUUACCCCCACAAUCACAACAUUAUUUGUGCGCAAUGGGAGAAUCUGCAUCGUCGGGAGGAGAUUUUUAGAUCUAACAGUGGGUGCACAUCGUUGGGAAGCUCCGGGAAACGCGUACGUUUCAUUAUGCUUCAGCUCAACGACGCAAUGGAGCCGGAGAGUCCGGGCGCUGCGGUUCUCCACCCUGCAGAAACCGAGGAGGGGGUCGAGGUUGCCUUCACGCCGCCGGAGGCCGGACGAAGCUUUGGACACGCCGCCUCCGUGGCCUGCUGUCCCCCGUUACAAACGCUGACGCCUUUUCAUGUGCAUAACCCCACCAUGCAAGCGAAAGUGAAGGACUACUUCGUGUUCAGACCAGGUACCAUUGAGCAGGCGGUGAGCGACAUCAGGACUGUGGCACUGCCGUCCGAGGAUGGAGAGGUGCUUAGUGUCUGGCUGCUGGCUGAAAUUGAUCACUGGAAUAACGAAAAGGAGAGACUUGUGCUGAUAACUGAUAGGUCCCUGUUGGUGUGCAAGUAUGACUUCAUUAACCUGCUGUGUCAACAAGUAAUCAGGAUCUCUCUCAAUGCUGUGGACACCAUCUCAGUGGGCGAGUUUGAGUUUCCACCCAAAUCCCUCAACAAAAGAGAAGGCUAUGGGAUUCGUGUCCAAUGGGACAAACGUCCCCAGGCUUCAUUCAUUAAUCGCUGGAACCCCUGGUCAACAGAGAUGCCCUACACCACGUUCACAGAGCACCCUAUGGCCCAUGCUGAUGAGAAGGUGGCCUCUCUGUGCCAGUUGGACAACUUCAAAAUCCAGCUCGUGCAGGCAGUGAAGAGAGCCCAUAAGGAGCACCCGAUCCCAGGUCGAGCUAACGGUGUGCUGAUCCUGGAAAGACCCCUGCUUAUUGAAACAUAUCUAGGCAUAAUGUCCUUCAUUAACAAUGAGGCUAAGUUGGGCUACUCCAUGACACGCGGCAAGAUUGGCUUCUAAAUUCAGUCGUUUCUCCAAACUACAACAUUUCAACUCAUGUGUCUGUGUUAAAACUACACUGUCUGAGGGAAGCUGCAGUGUAAUGUGUAACAUGUGUGUGCGUGUAUGCAGAAUCCAAGAGAUGCCCACACACCUUCCUGAGUCGGUGUAAUGGUCAGCCAGCUGUACGUAAAUGAUGCACAGCACUGUAACAACUGUUUACUCAUUCGUUUUUUUGUGCCCCUAGUCCCCCCCCUUUCUGUCAGAGUUCCACACAAGUGUCACACACACACGACCUUCAGGAGUGUGUGGCCGUGCUAUAAGAGUUGGGAGAUAAAAGGCACAGCACGUACUUUAUAUUGAGCUUCUUGAAGUCUCACGUUUCUGGUUUAACCACUAAAUGACAGACUGUCAAAUUGAAUGUGAUAUUUAGAACAGUGAAACCGUAUCAUCGGCCAAGAUGAGUUCCACGUUUGCUACAUGAUAUGGUUUGUGUUUGCAUUAUUCGGACCACAGAGCCAUAGAGUAGCUUCUUGGAAUGGAAAAGCAGCUGAUGAACUGAGUAGGAUCGCCGUGUCACAUAAUUAUUCAAAUAAAUUUAUGUCGAGAUAUGGAAGGAAACUAGAUAGGAGAGCAUAGCAUCUGCAAGGCUGUGCCCUAGGCUCAGCUUUGGUACUGAUUUGCAGAAUGCAUGGGCUUGUUCAGUAGUAAUGAUGAAUUACAUAUCAAAAUCCUCUCCCUUGUAUUUAACCCGUGUUUUAUUUUCAGUGCUUAUAUUUACCUAAAUGAUGUCUUUGCUUAGAGCAGGGAGCCACCAUUUGCAGAGCUGUAUUAGCUACAAUAACAAAAAUGUUCUUUUUAUGUCAGAAAUAAUAUGUGCAAUGUGAACAUGUAAAUCUUUAUGUUUGUUCUGUGAGUUGCCAUUACGGUGCUGCAAUUUGCAUUUGUUUUAGACAUAUAUUUGCACUCAGCUGUAU